UAAAAGAAUAAAGCGAUGUUCUUAGACGGAAAACCAAACAUGCUGAGUUACGCUUUGGUGACGUGUUUGUCUGUUUUAGCGGCAGUGCUGUUUUUCACUCCCGAUUCGCCUGUUAAUGUGGGAAAUGAGUCAGAGAAGGGGCCCCCAGGAGCCCGGCUAUUAAACAGGAGGGACCUGUCUCUAUACAAUGGAGAGGAGGGCAGCAAAGGUCUUUAUUUGGCUCUUCUGGGGCAGGUUUUUGAUGUGCAGAAAGGACACAAACAUUAUGGACCCGGUGGUGCUUAUCACUCUCUGGCAGGGACAGAUGCCUCCCUGGCCUUCAUCACGGGAGACUUUACAGAAAGUGGACUGAUAGAUGAUGUGUCCAGUUUGUCUCCUCUGCAGGUGGGGGCCCUUUAUGACUGGCUGGACUUUUAUCACAGGCAAUACCACCAUGUUGGGUUGGUGGCGGGACGGUUCUACGAUGAGAGCGGACAGCCCACAGAGGCCCUGCUGGAGGUGGAAGCAUUACGAGCGGAAGGCCAGAGACUGAAGGCCCAGUCCGAGGCGGAGAAGGUUCACUUUCCAGCCUGCAACUCUGAGUGGAGCUCAGGCCGAGGCGGAAGAGUCUGGUGCUCCACUAAGAGCGGUGGAGUAAUAAGAGACUGGAAGGGUGUACCACGAAAGCUUUUCUCCCCCGUUUCCGGUCGUGUGCAGUGUGUUUGCAUCAGAGAUCCGUCUGCAGCAGCAGAAGAUCCCAACCUGCAGAAAUACGACGGCUGCGCCUCAGACGCUGACUCAUGCAUGCUGGGAGAUGACUGAGUCUGGUCAAAAGGGAAAAAACACAAGGCCCGAUUUAUCCCUGCAGGAAACAUUUCAGAAAAGGAAAUCACAAUGAACCCUUUUAUAAAGAAUAUGAGACACUGGACAGUUUGUCGAUGACCUUUAUGUAAAGUUGUCCUCCCUUUCUCUAAAAGAAUACACCAGGAAGAGACAGGCUAGAUAUCUGAGCGUACAGAUACGAUACAAUGUGCAUAAAAGAUUAAACAAUGUGCAUAAAAGAUUAACAGAGGCGAAAUCAUUUUUUUUUCUUUUUAGGUUUGUCACAAUGACAAGCACAAACUGCAUUUAAGUACAAAACAGUUGUAGUGGUCAAAAAAUAUCACACAUUUAUCUGUACAAUUGAACAAUAGUUGAAGAGGCCGCUCCACUCGGCUGUUCCUCUUAGUCCACAUCCCUCAGUGAUCUGAAAUGCUCCUGAUAAAGUGCACCAAAUGGGAUGGGUCGCCAUGGUUACAGGUAGGAAUGAGCACAUCAUGGUGGGUUAAAAAAAAAA